AUGGAUGGCUAUGAUAAAUUGAAACCCUAUGGGAUUGGCAUCCAUGGCUGCAUUGACGGGUUUAGCCGAUACGUAUUAUGGGCAGAGGCCUACACCACGAACAAUGAUCCGAAGGUGGUUGCAAGUUACUUUAUUAAAACAGUUUCACGCAUUGGUGGAUGCCCAGAAAGGAUCCGUGCUGACAGGGGCACAGAAAAUGGCCAUGUUGAACAGAUGCAAAUGUUUUUGCAAAGAAACCGCUCAGAUAGCUUUGCAGGGGACAAAAGUUUCCUUUAUGGAAGAAGUACCACCAAUCAGCGCAUUGAAGGAUGGUGGACCACCCUCCGCAAACAGAGUGCACAAUUCUGGAUGAAUUUAUUUCAAACUCUUCAGGAUGAUGGUCACUUCACAGGAAACUUUCUGGAUAAAAGCCUCAUCCAGUUCUGCUUUCUCAAUCUCAUGCAGGAUGAGCUGGAUGAAGUUGUGAACACAUGGAACUCCCACAAAAUAAGAUCAAGGUUGACCGGUGAUGCAGCUUCAGGUCGGCCAGUCGUCAUGUAUUCAUUCCCUGCCAUUCACAGUGCUGAGGAUCGACUGAAAUCUGCUGAAAUGGAAGAGGUCAUUGUAUGUAUGGAAGAGUGCACGCCAAAAGCCCAGUUUCCUUGUGAUGAAACUGUUUUUGAGCUGUGUUGUCUGCUCAUGGAGGAAAAUGAAUGGCAUGCUCCAUCAGAUCCAUUAGCUGCAAGUGAUUUGUACAUUACAUUGAGGGGAGAAAUAUUGAAGAUUGUAUGA